AUGGGAUGUACCAUUGCAGCUUGGACCAACCUCCUCCUCCUCCCCCCCUUUUCUUUGUGCCAGACUCAGCCCGGGGAACCAAGCGGGCAGCAUUAA